CCAUCGCAGUACAGCAGCAGGGUCGUCUGGUAAAAUUUGAAAAAAUUAAUGAAAAAAAAAGUGUAAAUUUGUAAGUGCUUGAUCUUGUUUUGUGUGAACAAACUAUUAAUGAAUUAUUAAAGUAAAAAAAAAAUAAAAUUUCGAUUGAAACAAGAUGGCGGUUUCAAAAUACAAUUAUGAUAUUCCUUAUAAAUGUCGUGGACAAAAUGCAGAAUCCCUGUUCACCCUGUGCACAAGAGUGGUUGCACUCAAUAUUGUUUCACAUUUGGUUGUGGCCCAAUCUUUACCGGGAAAUGUAAAAAAUGUACUAGUCACACUGCUAGGGAGACGAGGUCUGCUGACAGGUCCAGUUCUAAGAUCCUUGAUUCAUGUAGAUUUAAAAUCACUAGACUUGACUGGCUCGAAAGUGAGGGAUUCUACAGUGAGAAUACUUCAGUCUCUGACAAAACUUUCAUCUCUACUCAUUCCUGGAAAUGAAGUCUCAACAUUAGGUCUUGUCCAAUUAUUCCCUUAUUUACCUCACCUGGAAGAGCUUGACUUAUCAAACAGUAAAGUGGAUGAUGAAGUAUUGAUUUCUCUCACCAACAGCUGUCCCAAACUCCGUGUCAUCAUUCUGAGGAAAUGCCCCAGUUUCACAGAUAGGGGCUUCAAAUUUCUAGCGACCGAACUGUACAAUAUCCUUGUCCUUGACGUCGGAUACACAAAGGUGACAGACGACGGUUUGGCAGCAUUGAGCAGGGGCCCGUCUCGCCAUAAAUUGAAGGAAUUAAACAUUGACGGGUGCCAGCAAUUGACUUCAUCGUGCGGGUCGCACCUGGACGCUUUUCCUAGCAUCUCGGAGUUGAGCUUCAACAAUUGCCCUCUUCUUUUAGCCAACGAAUGGUUUCUAAGCUUCAGCUGCGAUAAAAUGAAGACCAAAUUGAAAAACAUUUCAUUUACUAUCGAGUAAAAGUUUGUCAUUUUCCCCCUUAACCCAAAACCCUAAAUUCUAAAGAAAGAACAAUGAACCUUUUUUGCACGAUGACUUUUCUUCAAGAUUUUUCUUGAACUUGGUGUGUCAAUUUACAAUACACAGCGUGUUUAGUAUACAGAACUCAA